UAGGCCUAUGUCCGUGUUUCUUCACGGAAAUUCGUGAAAUUGAAAGUAAUUAAUUUACAGCAUACAUUUUUUUUUCUGGGGUGAGUUGAACAAAAUCAUAGUUUUUUCUGUAAUUUGUCUGCGUUUGGAGAUAAGGGGAGCUAACCGUGGGACCCAUCAGAACUGGUGGGGUUUAGAAGUACUUUCUCCGUAACUUUACCACAGAGUUUAGUGUUAAAAUGGUGGAGGAGCAGAUGGAAGUCGCGUGAUGGUGGACGUCCGGUGCAGAUCCAGUCUGCGUGGAGCGGAGUGACUUUGAGCACUCAGCGUUGGGUGGAAAUCAGUUGCUGUUGUCAUGGAUAAUCAUCUUUGUAUUGCCCUUCUGGGAAAAGCUGGAGUUGGGAAAACUGCUUCAGCCAACACCAUUUUAGGACGAGAGGUGUUUAAGUCAGAAACAGACUUUGGACCAGUAACAAAAUAUAUCUCUAUGGAAACUGAAACUGUGUUUGGAAAACGUAUUUCCGUGAUAGACACUCCUGGGAUAUUAGGAUCAGAGGAGCAGAUUACAAGUUUUCUUCAUGUCUUCAGGGAUUCUAGUACUCCUUUUCUUUUUCUGGUGGUCAUCAAAGUUGGUCGGUUCACUGAAGAAGAAAAGAAGGCUGUGGAGGCUGUGGAGAGAGUACUUGGACCACAGAGGAUAAACAAUAGUUUCUUGCUUUUCACAAGAGGAGAUACUUUAGAGAUAUCAUUAAAAGACUUUAUUUCAGAGUCUACCACCAGUGCACUUCCAAAUGUUGUUGAACGUUUUUCAUGGAGAAUCCACCUUUUCAACAAUAAGGAUGGAGGAAAGGAGCAAGUCAGAGAACUGUUGAUGAAGGCAGAACAAUUUAUAACAGAGAGAAGCUGUCUGAAUCCUCAAGCAGGUUGUAGCGUUAAAGAAUCUGCUUUCACAAUGGAGGAAAAUUCUGGGGCUGACCUGCAUGAAGCUGGAACAGAUGAAACCAACCUUGAGAGCAUUUUGGAAGAUCUGGGAUUGGAGCAGUACUACAAAGAGAAGCUAUCACUCAGCAAAAUACUUCAGAUCAAUGAGAAGACAAUUACUGAUGACCCUGGCAUGUGUAAAUCAAAUGUACCAAUGUAUUUUCUUAAGAAAUUGAUGAUGGUUAAUGUGACUGCUAGGACUGUGAAAUAUGUAGCAUGUGACUCAGAGGAUUCUAAUAUUGAAACAAAAUGUGAUGAUGCAUCAGAUAGUGCAGAGUGCAGUUUUGAGGAUCUGUUUGACAGCCCAAAUGAUGCUGAAGUCUUUAAUGCUCUUGAUAUAAUCACUGCUCUCUUUCUGUGCUCUGAUGGGUUUGUUCAGCAAGAGUUAGCACUAAAAAUGUCCAUGUGUCAGUUCUCUGUUCCUCUGCUGCUUCCUAACUGUGAUACUAAACAGAGCACCCUCAUGCUGUGGGCCAUGAGAGACAUUGUUAAGAAGUACAGACCUCCAUAUCUUUCAGCAUCAAAGGGCUUCAAAGAAGAAAGAAUUGUUCUUUCUGAUCUUCCAAUGAUCUCAUUUGUGAGACUGGGUGAGUGCUCCUUGUCCAAAUCAGAGAUUCUCAACAAACUUCUGAGUAACCCUCAUCAGUACCAUGACACCUUUGUUCACCACAACAUGAAGUGUGGAGACAGGCCAAGAAAAAUAUCUGAUGGACUGACUGAAAUGACCUGGUACCUUCCCUGUGGAAACAAAAACAUGGACAUUUUCAGUGAGCCUGUGGCUAUAGCUAACCUUAGAGGUGACAUUGCUGCACAUGAAACACAAUUCUCCUUUUUGUGUCAGACAUCUGCUGCAGUUUUUGUGUUUUUUGAUCAGCUGGAGUCUGAGUGCAAACUGCUGACUAACGAAAACCACAAAGCAAAGAUCUUCUUGGUGGGAAACCAAAAGAGCAAGAGCUUUAAUCCAGAUGUUCUAAAGAAAAUAGCAAACAAGCUGAACUUGACGAAAAACAACAUCAUUAUAAAAACAAAACAGACCAAUGAUGCAGACUUUGUCAAACAAUUGAGGACAACUGUGAGCAGUGUACUUACCAACCCAGGGAUGAAGAUGUCAAUAGAGCAGAUGGCCGACAUUGCAUAUGAUCUGGGAAUUUCUAUUGAUGAAGAUUCACCAGAGUGCCAGGCUGGGAAGAAAAAUGCAGAUGCCAUUACUGAAGGGAUUGAGGACACUUUUAAAUUCAAAGAAAGACAGUUUCCUUUGCAAGGCCAGAUCUGGAAGGAACUGAGUUUCUUGGAAAAGGAAGAAUUUCGUCUUCGAAAAGUUGGCUCUGAAGACAUAGAAACCUAUAAAAGUAAUCUUAGAAUGAAAAAAAAAGAGCUUUGUAGGAAGCAGAACUCCCAUGCUAUGUCAGAUUUCAUGAGUCGUUUCAUUAGUGCAAUAUCCAGCAGAGAAAGGGGUUAUUUUCUGAAAUGGAUGCGAAUGAACCUUGAUAGCUUGUCUCGUAUAAAACUUUCGGGCCUAAGGGAGCUUUACAAGGAAAAAUGCAAGGACUCUGAGAACAAAAAGGAAAUCAAAGAAAUUGACCAACAACUUUCCAACAGCUCACUGGGAGUUGAGCACUUUUUCCGUGAAAUGGGUCAGAUCUACGAAGCUUCUCUUUACCUUCCAGAAACAGACCUAUCACGUCAACAAAUGCAACAUCUGCCCAAACUCUGUGCUCAGUUGUUGCUGGAUGGAUUUCCUCUGGAGCUUGUAGAUGGAGAUGCUUCCAACAUACCUCUCAGAUGGGUGAGUGACGUUCUCUCUCAGCUCAAUGACUUGGUGUCUCCACAGAACAAGAUACUGGUUGUCACAGUUCUUGGAGUUCAGGGCACAGGAAAAUCCACUCUCCUUAACACCAUGUUUGGGGUGCAGUUUGCAGUCAGCAGUGGUCGAUGCACUCGAGGAGCCUUCAUGCUGCUCAUCAAAGUCAGUGAAGACUUCAAAAAAGUUCUCAACUGUGACUUUGUGGUGAUUAUUGACACUGAAGGCUUAAAGUCACCAGAGCUGGCACAGCUGGAUAACAGCCAUGAACAUGACAAUGAGCUGGCAACACUGGUUGUUGGGCUGAGUGACGUCACCAUUAUCACUAUUGCAAUGGAGAAUUCAACAGAAAUGAAAGACAUCCUGCAGAUAGUGGUGCAUGCUUUCCUCAGGAUGAAGGAGGUCGGCAAAAAGCCUAAAUGUCAGUUUGUUCUCCAGAACGUUUCUGAUGUUUCAGCCCAUGAGAAGAACCUACGAGACAGGAAGCUGCUCCUAGAACAGCUGAAUGAGAUGACCCAGGUAGCAGCUAAAAUGGAAAAGAAAGAAGAGAACAAGAACUUCACUGAUGUGAUGGAGUACAAUCCAGAUACUGGGAACUGCUACAUUCCUGGACUCUGGAAUGGAAACCCACCAAUGGCACCAGUCAAUGUGGGAUACAGUGAGACCGUCUAUGAGCUCAAGAAAAACAUCAUCCAACUGCUGGGAAAGUGUGAGUCAACUUCUCACAACAUCUUGGAGUUCAGAGAGUGGAUAAACAGCCUGUGGACUGCAGUAAAACAUGAAAACUUCAUCUUCAGCUUCAGAAACAGCUUGGUAGCCGAUGCAUACAUGAGGCUCUGCACAGAGUACAACAAAUGGGAGUGGGAGUUCAAAAAAGAAAUGUACACCUGGGUUACCAAUGCAGAGACAAGAAUUUCUAAUUUUAGGGCAGUUGCUGCAAAAACUGAAAUAUCUGACCUGAGAAAAUAUGUCACUGUGUUGAAAAGUGAAGCAACUACAGAGCUGACCAAAAGGGAGUCAAUGAUGCUUGACAAUCUGAAUAAAUACUUUGAGCAUCCAGAAGGUCGUGUUUAUCUGGUUGAAAGAUACAGAGAGGAGUUCUCAAACAACAUAAAGAGUCUGAGACGACAAACUGAGAGAUCAGUGUUUAACCAGCUCACCACAGCAGCUGACAUCAAACAGAAACUGCUCAAUCCGUGUGUAUCCAGCUAACUGCAGCAGCUGACAUAAAAAAGGGGCUGAAAGAACUUGACAAAAUCAGAGACAGUUAUACAGAAGAAAUCGAAAGAGCAAUUUGUGCUUUGAUUGAUAAAUGUCAUAAGAAAAAAGUAAAAAUGACAACUUGAAGAAAAGUUUAAUAGGAUGUGGGCUGAAACACUGGACACCUUGUCUUUUUCUGCACAGCAGACUUCAAAAAUCUUCACUAGUGUUUCUCAUCAGUUGCGAAAAAAUCUUUCACCCAAGGGAAGCCAUGCAUUUGAGCUGCUGAGUGAAAGAAGUUUUCUUUUAAAUACAAACCCAAAAGAAAUAUAGAACAAGUCAAACACAAAGUAAAAGGAUGGUGGACCCAGACAGAUCUAGUUAA